AUGGAGCUGCCGCACUGGUCGAGCGGAAAGAGGCACGUUCCUUCGGCGUCGGGGAGGUUGGAGGGUAUGACAUUACUGCGCCGCAGUAGUUCUCACCAACCUUUCCGCCAAGCCUCAAUCAUUGUGCAAUUCACCAAUAUCGAGCGCCAGUACCUCGCUUGCGGCAUUGGCGGUUAA